UAUAGGUGCCUGCUGCUACAUUAGCUACAUUAGGUACACCUUAUGUCAGUGCUGCCAGUGCUGCCAGUACUUACACCAUCCCCCUUCCCCAUCAACUUCCACUCUACAUCCCAGACCCAAACCAGAUUAACAGUCACACCCUCAGCAUAUCUUUCUAGCUGCAUCGUCGUUAGGACAUGCCUCUCAAGAGUCAUCAUCAUCCUAAUAGAUACAGUGCCCUCAUCCUCUCAUCUAAACAUAUCCCUAUCUAAUGGUUACUAGACCACGCCGUCAGUGCCGCUAACGAUGAACUACCACCCCGCAUCCCGAGUCGUGGGAUAUCGUGAUACUCCAUUUCAACACCCCCACACGCGAUCUACGCGUCGGUGAAGGCCUCAUCGGCCUCAUCUUCUAGUAUUAGCUCAAUCUUCGUAGUUCCGACAUCGUCAACCCUAUUAACAUGGCGUUCUUCAACUCCUUCUGGAGCUCUAACAUGCCCAAGCGGCUGCUCCGAUACACGCUAUCGAAGCUAGAUUACCUCGAUACCGAUGCCUUGGAUAUGGACAACCUAGACCUUGCCAUGGGGAAGAACAACGUCUUCACAUUGCAAAAUGUCGGGAUUAAGCUUCAGAAAUUAGAACAGUUACUGCAGCUUCCACCGUCGUUUGAGAUCCAGAAAGCUAAGGUCCUAUUGCUUCGAAUUACCAUACCUUCUGCUAUAUAUGCGAAUCCUAUUACCGUCGAAAUCGACGGUGUCGAGAUAAAGCUAAGGCUUACUUCUCAAGAUGAUAGCCUUAAAAAGGCGCGGAAAGGUGCUGCGCAUAGGAAAAAGGGCUCAGCAUCAUCUGAGGAAGGUGAUCCUGUCCCGCAUGCUAUCGACCUAGCACAGUCGUUCUUGGAGACGCAGCCAUCGAAAGAUAAGGCGGAACUUCAAGCUGCGCUCCAAGCCGAAACUCAGGAUCUUGGUGCUUCCAUAUUAAGUACUGAGGAUGGAAGUGAUGAUGACUACUCGCUCGGAACUGGCCAACCUCUUUCCCUCCCCACGUUCCUCGCAGAUUUCCUACAAGGUAUACUUGAUCGGCUACAGGUCUCCAUUAAAGGCGUCACCUUCCACCUAGACGUCGAAGUUCCAUCUGAACCCAAUACACCCGUUUCCGAAUUAGUUACUUUCCAGCUAGCGGUCGAUGAAGUGAACGUAGAGGGGGUCACGACAGCAGCAGGUGAGACUACGAAGGAGGGGCAGUCUGAAAUUGCCUAUAAGGAAGGAAAGCGAUACGUGGGUUUAAAUAAUAUUCGAGCGAGCUUGAUCUCCGAAGCGAACGUCUUCUCAAUUCUGGCACGAUCGCCAUCGAUACCCUCCUCUAUCGCAACUGAUUCACCGGCUGUCACUCAGCAGCAGAGUGUGUCUGAGGAAUCUAUUUUGAAGCCGGUGGCUACAUCAGAAUUACGCUCUAACACCGAGGACCUCGAACAAAGUGGGCAUCGUCAUCCGCUGAUGGAUUCCGAAGACGCUUUCAAUAUACCAUAUGACUUGAGCGGAUCAAACGACGGGCAUGAUGAAGAAUCAGCAUCUGCGCCAUCAACACCGCGAGCUCUUGCGCCCCAAAUCUUACAAGAGGACGAGCCAAAAUCGGUUUCUUCCAUACACUCAGCUCGGCCAUCUAUUAAUGCGCCACCGGACCAUUGGUCUUCUUCGGCACGCAUUGUACGGUCUGAACCAGCCCUAGAGCAUCGAGGGAAAUGGGGCCAGGAUUCCAUCGAGUCGUCAGGAAGCACUGAAGCCCGGCCCCAUUAUUCUGGUGAAAGUGAUAAGAUAGCUUCUUUAAGUGAAGACCUAGCCCAAUCCCAUCUAUUCAGCCAUGAGGAAGCCGAGAGCAUGUAUAUGAGUGCCUUCUCCCAGGCUUCAUCUUCUCAAGUGGGCCAGACUGUUCAAACUAUGCCUGGCGGUUGGGAUUCGGAUUCCUCAAGCGCAGAAAACUCGCCAAACUUGAAGCGCAGGAUCCGAUCACCACCUUCACAUUCCCUAGAACCUGCAAAUCCCGCAUCUCAACAGUCUCCCACAACCAGUCGCAAUUUCCCGUCAAGAAAAGACUCAUUAAUAGAAUCUGAGCUAGACCCUAACUCUAUAGUCGACAACCUUGAGGAAGCAAAACAGUCAUAUGAUGACCCGCAGUACCACCCAGAGGCGGAAGAUGCUCCAGCGGAGGAGGUCGCAACACCGAAAAGGCCAAGAUUAAUCAAAGAGCUUGUUUCAUUGAGUGCCAUCUCACUUUACAUUCCUUCAAGUCAUCAACAUGUACAGGUAACAUAUGCUGGCGAGGAACCUGUUUCCGGGGCGACCCGACGUCACUUCGACCGAUCUAUUUCUCCAAAUCUCCCAGGAACUUUCUCUAUCUAUGCAGGUGAUCAGUCAACAGCGUCAAUAGCCUCGAGCAUUGGCGUACAGCCCCCUAAAGCACCCUUAGAUAAAACGUUAGAGGUGAUAAUAUCAUCCCUAGACAUCCGUUCUGACCUUUCAACUGGGUUCUUGUUGUCUAAGGUAGUAUCGCGGAUACUUGCGGCUUUGAAAGAGCAGCCUCCAGCCCCCCCUUCUAAGCAGAAGGGAAAUGCUGAAGGCAAAAAUGAGACGUCGCUCACGCCUAACAUAAAAAUUAUCACAGAACAGAUUACUGUACACUUCCUAGAGAAUCUAGCCGGAGUCACAGAUACCCCUGGUCGAUUGUUCAACCCUGACCCUGGUUCAUUCAGCGCUGAUGCUCUUCUUACUAUGGCUAUCGAGAACUUGAGCGUGGAUCUUUCAGGCUCAUCGACCUCAACUAAGACCUCAGUAGAUGUAGGUAAGUUCAAGCUCGGGUAUGGAAACGACGAUAUCAUCUCCUUCGAUCAACGCAUACAAAUGCGGGCCUCCGUGAAUGAUGCAUUUCCUCCCGCCGGUGCCGAUAUAUCCGUUAAACUUAGUCAAUCACCCACAACGACAAAAUGCGAGGUCACUACCCUGCCGCUUCAUGUCAAAAUAGACCUUCAGCGACUAGAUGAGACGUUUAGUUGGUUCGGAGGCUUGAGUGGUUUCUUGAAUAUGAGUUCAUCGAUGACUUCAAGUUCUCCUCCUACUCCUCGGAUUCCUGUAAAGCCGCCACCGAAAGCUCGUGGGGUAAGAUUUGACGCGCCUAUACGUCCAGAUGACAUAUCCGCAAGCUCCGAGAAUAAAAUGAACAUGAGACUUGGCGGUUUCCGUUUAGAUAUCGUCGGAAAGGAGUGUAGCGUAUCCCUAGACACAACCGCUAUAAAACUGGUUAGUCGAGAAGAAGGAAUCGGUAUUGGUAUCUCCAAGAUACACCUUGCAGGACCAUACAUGAGACGUUCCAUGGGCGACCCUCCUAUCAAUGCCGUGGUUACGAAUACUCGCCUCGAGUAUCUCAUGACACCAAAAGACAAUGACCUAGAAAGACUCUUAGAGCUUAUCAUACCGUCCAAGUAUAGAUUCGACCAAAACGACGACGAAAUCAUGGUAGACACUCUACUUCGACAGAGGAGGAAAGGCGCUGUGUUACGCGUCAAUGUGGAUGGCAUUGAAGUUAAUGUCAGCAAGAUCCAGCAACUCGAAGUAUUACCUACACUAGGUGAAGAGAUUGCGCGACUCUCCACUGUCGCUAAGUACUUACCCGAAGAUGACCGGCCAGGUAUACUCACUCUAGCUCUUGUCCGUAACCUAGAUGUGACGGUGGAUAUUGGUAGGAAGUUUGGCUCUAUACAAGCUUCUCUGAAGGACGCGGAAAUUGGCCAUAUUACUAUCCCGUCUUUGAUCGCUCUCGGGGUAGGCUCUAUUUCAAUCAUCCGGAACCACACCGAGGAAUUGGUCGGCACAACCGCAUCAUCUUUCGAUAAAGUAGGACACGGACCUAUCUUGACCAUGAGGGUGAUUGGGGAUGAGAUGGAGCCUGUUGUCAAGAUCAGAAUGCGGAAUAUCAAUAUCGAGUAUCGUGUGCCAACCAUUAUGGAUAUCCUCGGCCUUGCUGAAGAUACCACUCCGCAAGAUUUUGAGGCAAGUCUGGCAGCUUCAGUAGCAAACCUAGGCGAACACGCACAUGCAGCUAUCACCGGAAAGCCACAAAACCGCUUGCCAGCUCCAAACGAGAGCAAGGGUAAAGAGGGAAAGCCGACAAAAGUAGACUUCGUCUUCAGAGAUUGUUUACUAGGCUUAAAUCCACUCGGACUGAAGUCGAAGAUGACGAUUGUAUUAACCGAUGCUCACUUUGAAAUCGCGUUGUCUAAUGGGGAUGAUGCGAAAGCUCUAGGCCAUCUGAAUAAGGCAUCUAUUCUUCUUAUCGAUGACGUUUCGAUACUGGAAUCUAAGGACUCGGCAUCGUCUAAUCGACGACGUAGCUCAAACGCACCCUCUCCGCAAGUAGUAGAAUUAUGCCAACGGGGAUAUGUUGAUAUUUGCUAUAUCUCUUCGGCAAGGAUCACGGUUCAAGUCGGCUCCAACCAAAAAAAUGGAAAUAAAUGGAUUGACGUUGAAUUACGAGAUGAUCUCCUUGUCCUUGAGACAUGUGCAGACUCUACCCAGACUCUCAUUGCUCUUGCUAAUGCACUUGCCCCUCCGACACCCCCCAGCAAAGAGAUUAAAUAUAGAACAAAAGUUGUACCCGUCGAGGACCUACUCGCUUCUAUAUCUGCCGAUGCGUUUGGUAAGGCCGAAGGCGACUAUGAUUUCGAUAAAGACUUUGGUUUAGAACUUGACGAGACUGAUAGCGAUUUUGGCCUUGGAAAUUCCGGUCAAUCAAGUCCCCUCGCUGUCGACUCGCGCUUUUAUGAUGAAUCUUCGGUCGAGGCCAAGCUUUUUGAGGCAACAGGCUCCAUGAUCUCGGAUGAGAUGGGAACACAAGAUACAACCGACGGUGUUCUACUCACAAAUUUCAGUAGCCAACCAGAUAUGAUGGAUGACGACGAUGAUCUGGUCAUACAUGAGAACUAUUUUGGUUCAGGAUCUGUGAUACAAGGUACCGCUCACCGCUGGAACUCGGCAAAAAAUGCAUACGACGAAGCCAACGACGAGAAGAUUCAACGUAGCCCUCUAUCCGUCCGUGUACGUGACGUCCAUGUCAUAUGGAACCUCUUUGACGGCUAUGAUUGGAGCCGUACUCGUGAAGUCAUUUCAAAGGUUGUGCACAAUAUCGAGUCCACAGCAAUCGAGCAGCAAUCGCGUCACGAUCGCGCUCGCACGAGCACCGAUAUGGAGCUAAUAGAAGAAGAAACUGAGAUCGGAGACUUUUUGUUCAACUCGAUAUAUAUAGGUAUUCCUGCAAAUCGAGAUCCUCGGGAGCUUACACAUGCCAUCAAUCAAGAGUUGAACGACGCCGCCACUGAGACCGAGUCAAUUGCAACGACAGCGAUGACUGCUACACCUAGCCGGCAGGGCAAUGCCUAUCGAAACAAAAGGAAGCUCAAACUUAAUCGCAGCAAACGACAUAAGAUCACCUUCGAGUUGAAGGGUAUUAACGUAGACCUAGUCACGUUCCCCCCCGGUUCUGGUGAGACGCAGAGCUCAAUCGAUGUUCGAAUCCGAGAUCUUGAUGUUUUUGACCUCGUGCCGACGUCGACCUGGAAGAAGUUCGCAACUUACGAUCAAGAUGCCGGAGAACGGGAGAUGGGUACCAGCAUGGUCCACCUGGAAAUAUUGAACGUCAAACCAGUUGCAGAUUUGGCGGCAUCUGAGAUUGUGCUGAAAGCUACAGUUCUACCACUCCGCCUCCAUGUUGACCAGGAUGCCUUAGAUUUCAUCACACGGUUCUUCGAGUUUAAGGACGAUUCUACUCCAAUUCACGCCUCGCCUAGCGAUGUUCCCUUUGUACAAAGAGCCGAAAUAAACUCGAUACCCUUGAACCUUGACUUUAAACCAAAGCGUGUCGAUUACGCAGGCCUACGAUCGGGUCAUACGACUGAAUUCAUGAAUUUCCUAGUCUUGGAUCAAUCGCGGAUGGUCUUAAGGCAUACUAUUAUAUACGGCGUUUUAGGGUUCGAUAGACUCGGAAAGACGUUGAACGACAUAUGGAUGCCUGAUGUCAAAAGGACUCAGCUUCCCGGCGUGCUUGCCGGACUUGCGCCUGUCCGUUCUCUAGUCAACGUCGGAAGUGGAUUUAAAGAUCUCAUCGAGGUACCAAUUAGGGAGUACAAAAAAGACGGCAGGAUAGUCCGCAGCAUCAGCAAAGGAGCUAUAGCCUUUGCCAAGACAACAGGUACGGAGAUAGUUAAACUCGGAGCCAAGUUGGCUGUCGGUACGCAGUAUGCUCUACAAGGUGCAGAGGGUAUGCUAGUCAAACAGCCACAACCUCACCAGGUCGCGGGGUGGGAUGACGAAGAAACAGACACGGAAGAACCCAAACAGAUUAGCCUCUAUGCCGAUCAGCCAACGGGGGUUCUUCAAGGAAUGAGGGGCGCAUAUGCGAGUCUAAGACGCGAUCUCAAUAUGACGAGGGAUGCGAUCAUAGCAGUCCCCGCCGAGGUGAUGGAGAGCCAAAGCGCUCAAGGGGCGGCUAAGGCCAUUCUCAGACGAGCGCCAACAAUCGUUUUUAGACCCCUCAUCGGCUCAAGUAAGGCGAUCGGGCAGACUCUUAUGGGAGCUACGAAUGCAUUGGACCCUCAGAAUAGGAGAAGGGUAGAGGAGAAAUACAAACGGUGAUAGUGGUUUUCUGAUUAAUUGAGAACUAGCAUUCUUUUUUUCGGCACGGAGUACGGAUAUAUCACGGACUUCUUCUUUCUCUUUCCUUACGCGCAAAUGUUUCAUGGAAACGUUACGAAUAAUGCAUCAUAGACGGUCGGCCAAAUUGACGUUGCACCUCUACGAGAUUAGGUACCUAGCUAGGUUAGACUGUUGUUAAAUUACUCAUUGCCCGGGCUAUGAUUGAUAGGUUCUUUGGGAGUUAGCAUAGCAUUAGUACAUUUAUAUUGGUAAUCUACCUGUUCUGAGAAUUAUCUGUAUGGUCUAUUACUACUGCUGAGUGUAUAGGCUUGUGUAAAUACUGGGCAGCAUAAUUUGGGUUGAGUUAAUAUACCUACAACAUCACCUCUAAAUAUAUUUUCCGC